GGUUACUGUCAUAACAACGAAACAACAAGGUCGCUGUUCGAGGGUUUUGAAAUAUUUUGAAAUCAAUAAAGUAGCAAUAUUUUACAAAGCGAUGAGUGGACUACCAAGAGAAGUGCUUAAAUGGCUACAAAGCUUGGAUCUAAGCCGCCCUGUAAAGAAUACGAGAAGGGAUUUCUCUAAUGGUUACCUAAUUGCCGAAAUAUUUUCUUGGUACUAUCCACAAGAUAUUCAAAUGCAUUCUUUCGACAAUGGAAUGUCUAUCGAAACAAAAAUGGGCAACUGGUCAAUCAUAAAAAGGUUUUUUGCUAGAGAAGGGUUUGAAAUUCCAAAAGAAGAAAUUGAAGGAGUCAUACACUGCAAACCUGAUGCAGCUGUGCUCCUUGUUCAACGGAUCUACACAAUGCUAACAAACAGAAUAACAAAGCCAAUGCAAAAUGAUAAAUCAUUGGAUUUCACUGACAACAGCUACCAACAGCAACUGCCUCUUCACGCAAGAACCACUGCUACACAGGCUAUUAAAAAUAAUAUUGCAAAUUCUGAACUACAUACAGAUCCAGAUAGAAUUUUAUGCAGACAAAAGGCACAGGAAAUAAUCAGAGUGCAUGUUAAAAAUAGGCAAAACCAAAGAGUCCAGGAUCCAGGACGAUUUGGAAUAAAACCUGACAUUUGCCAGAAAAGCCCUAGAAAAACACCAUCUGAAGACUUGACAGAGGAAGAGCAGGAGCAUUAUUAUACUCUAAAUGGAACUGACCCUUACAUUCACCAGCAAUUACAUGUUCAGGAUAAUGAAUAUGUCCCAGAAAUCUCUGUAAAACAGUCAGCAUACUAAUAUGCAAUACUGAAAGUGUUUGAUAGGUAGUAUUUCACUGUUAAGUUAAGCAUCAAUUAUUGCUUUAACAUUCAAUUCUAUAUUAAGAUCACUAGGUUUGUUUUUGUAAUGAUCAUCUACCCAUUUUGAAGUGAAAAGCUAGCAAAAAGAUGUUUAUAUUCAUUAUUUGCAGUAGCGUAGCGGAGGUGGUAAGGUAGGGAGGGCAAAGGCGAGUCUAGCAAGAGAAAAUUGGGGUCCAUGCCCAAGCCAUCAAUCAAUAAGCAUGAUACCACUCAGACAAUUUUAUAUUGGCCAAUAUAAAUUUUUAUUUUGGACUGAAAGAUGACUUGAGGCAGUUUGAAAGAUGAAAGAUGACAGUUUAUUACCCAGACCCCUUUACCAGCUCCACCCUUUUUAUUGUCCACCCCACUAUUUUCGGGCUGGUGCUGCCCCUGACUUAAGCCACUUUUGUAUAAUGUCAGUUUCCUUUAAAUAAAUGCCUCUUUCUUUUAGAGUCUAAUAGAUGCUUCCUCCCCUCUCCUCCCCCACAAAUAUGUAAAUAAAGGUCUUCCUCUUUCAAAUGUCACAUACAAGAGAACAUGCUGUAUCAGAAAAUUUACAGAAAAUGCAAGAAGAGUUGCAUCUUUAUAGUGUCAGGUUUUUUCAUGUGAUUAAUAAGAAAUAAAGUCUUUGAAUCUUUCUUUCUGUAAUUUAUAUUUCAAGCUAAAUUAUCUGACCAUGGUUGUUUUUUCUUUUGUGUAUAUCUUUAUGAAGAUUUGUUCAUUGGAUUUCCUUGGUGUAGAAACAGUUAAUAGGAAAGAACAACACACCCUGCUUCUCAGUGUGGUAUAUCUAUCUUAUAUAUUUGUUAUAUUUUGAGACAUUUGUUGAUCUCUGGUUUUAGGGCAAGUUGUGUUGUGUUUCAAAUUUCUUUGGACAAAAUGAACUUCUGGAAAAGACAAUAAUCAUGCUAAUUUUUAGCCUGGUAUUUGGAAUUUAGAAUGAUUUACAAGCUUUAUGGUCUAAACAUGUAGUAGACUCCUGUUUCAGUAUCACCAAAUGUUGCUUAAAACUUACGACUGUGAAAAGAUGUUAAUUAAACAGUUUUUCUUAUUCUGUUUUCUAUGCUGUGAUAACAUUAUAAAGUCACACCUUUUUUGUUAUCUUGAAAGAACCUUUAAGACACUAACAUGAGGUUUUUACACAUUAUUGAUUUGCUUUCAUUAAUGUAAAUUAGACUUGGUAAACAAGUUGAUUAAAAAUUGAGUUGAGAAUAGAUUGAAUAAAUUGAGUGCUGGGCAAAAUGGUAUGACUUCCUCAUCUUCCCCACAUAUCUAAAGGCAGGUCUAAACUAAGUUGUAAGUGACUGUAAAAGGCAAUGUCUUAUGAUUUGACUGUAAUUAUGUACUAACCAAUGGUGAAAUGCAACAUUCAUUUGGACUUUAUUGCAAAAACAAACUUUCUAUCCCAGAUAAAAUUCAGGAACAAAGCAAAACUGCAACUGGAAUCCAAUGUAAUUUACAAUAAAUUAGACCAAAACGAAUACUAAUAUUUUCCCCCGGCACACAGGGCUUCAUUGGAGUAAUUCUAUCCCAGACCAAGGUAACUUACAGCCCACAGGUUACAUCUGGCCCUAUGUACGUUCCUGUCUGGCCCAAAGGAGUUAAUGAAAAAGUAUGUUUAAAAUCAAUUUUAUGAUGUUUCAUGCUAUACAGUGGUGUUAUUCUCAUUCUGAAAAUCGCACCAUUUUUCAAAAUUUUCAUAGGAGUAUUUUUUUAUACUUGACCUACACUAUAAUUUCAUACAUCUAUUAAUAUUAGGGCGUUAUAUUUUAUCUGUAAUUUAUUUCUUUUUAGAUUGGGAGAAACUAAACAUCAUAAUAGAAUGAUCACUAGUUCUUUCUCUAACACAGUUCAGAAUUUUCAUGUGGCCCCUUGUAAAAGUUAAUUGCCCACCCCUAGUCUAUCCGUUAAAUUGUCUCCCCCAAAACGAGAAUUCAAACGCUGCAUCAAUAUCUUCACAAAAUUACAAAAAAAGGGACUGAAAAGAGCAUCCAGGGACGCUGGAGAAGGGGGCUGCAGGAGGGGGCAACGGUCGCUUUUGUCCUUUGAUGGCAGGGGCAAGGGGGCCAAUGUGCUAUUUUCAUAAUAGUGCCCUUGACAUUGGCCUUUUUUGUAUUUUUAAGGAGAUUAAUAUGAAAUCCUGACUGAAGAACCUUUCGAAAUUACUGAAGUACUUCAUGACGAAAUUUCUCAAAACUUGGGAAAAACAUUCUUACGGGGCGCCGCUACGGAGGGGGUGGGGGUGUGACAUCCUCCUUGGACGAAAAUUUCAUUGAAAAACGGGAAGUUUUUGCCACUUGGAAAUAUUUGUCUGCAAAAUUUUCAGAUAUGUCGGCAAAUAAAGGAUGGCUCGUCCUCUUUCUUGGCAAAUGGGAUUGGGACACUCCCGUUGUGCACAAAAACUAGCGUCGGCCCAGUACCUUCAUAACAUGACAUAAAAAGACAGUUACGAAAGUAUUAGUUGAAACUGGGAUUUUUUUUAAAAAGCUUUUCUACAGAAGCCUACCCCUUGCCCUUUGGACGUUCUGGCAUCCCUGAUCGAAGUUUUUAUCAUAUAUAAAUAUAUAACAAAAAUUUAUUACCCCUUCGCGGUGGCAAAUAGCCCGCAUUAUUUUUUCAAAGAAAGACACUCGCCUCGACUUGAUCCAGAGUCCGUUAGUGGUGGUGAAACUAACAGACGGUGAUGGUAACUAUUCAAGUGUAAUUUUAUGAUAUAACACUUAAAUGUAAGCAAAAUGUCAAAUAUCGCAGUUGCAAGAAUUCAAAGAGAAUUUAGAGAGGUCAUCAGAAGUGAAGAGGUAA